AUGAAAGCAAGUAUCCUCGUUUCGGCAUUGGCCGUAGCCGCAAGCGGUAUCAAGGAGCAGCGUCAUGCCAGUGACUGGGAUCUAUCUCAGCCCAUGAACGGCAUCACCUUUGAACGGGUCAAGGCCGUUACCAUGGCCAAGCCCGAUCGUCCCACCCCCCGUUUUUCUCGUCUCAAGCACGUCGCAGGCAAGAAGGGAAAUCAUGGCACAAUUUCUGCUCUUGGACGUGCUCUCCGCUCUACUCCCGGCAGUGUCAAGCAAACGUUCCAGAACAUCUCAUCUGUCGGUGCAUACUCUACUCAGUACGCUAUCCAAUGUGGCUGGGAUGGAAAGCCUGUGUGGCUGCUGUUCGACACCGGCAGCUCAGAUACCUGGGCAGCCAAGUCGGACUUUGACUGCAUCGAUAGUGUUGGAAAUUCCCACGACCAAGCUGCCUGUGGCUUUGGUACAUCCUUGGUUGACGAUUUUGGCCAGGGUACCAUCGACGAGCUGCACUUUCUCCUCAGAUACGGCUCCGGAGAGAAGAUCUCUGGCCCCAUGGGCUACUCUGACCUCAGCUGUGGUGGAGUGACCGUCACGAAGCAGCAGGUUGGCCUUGCAAACAGUACUUACUGGCGUGGCAACAAUGCCACUGUCGGAAUCUUGGGUCUUGCGUACCCUUCCAUCACCAGCGCCUACUACGGUGAAAUCGGGGAUGAGGCCACUUGGAACGCCAUUACUUAUACCCCUUUCCUUACCAAUGCAAUCAUUCAGGGUGGCCUCGAUCCCGUGUUCAGUGUGGCCCUUUCCAAGAAUUCCUCUGAUGGUGUGCUUGCUUGGGGUGGCCUUCCUCCCAUCGACUGGGUGCGGGGUGACUCUGCCUCGACGGAUCUUAUUGUGGCAAAUCUUAUCGACCAAGCGGAAACUGCAUGGAAGUAUUCGUUUUACACCAUCAUCCCAGACGGCGUGCGCUGGGGUCAGACUACAGACGCGACCAGAUAUCCUUAUAUUGUUGACACUGGUACAACACUGAUGUACCUCCCCCCUCCUCUGGCCGAAGCCAUCGCCAUGUCCUUUCAGCCACGCGCCGUUUACCUGUACCAAUGGGGCAUGUACUUUGCACCAUGCAAUUCGAUCCCGCCUAGCUUUGCGAUAACUGUUUCCGGCGUUGACCUUUGGAUCAACCCUGCGGAUAUGAUUUACCAUGAUCUAGUUGACCCACUGACUGGGUACUGCGCCAUUGCCGUGGCAAGCGGCGGCCAGGGACCAUACAUUCUAGGAGAUGCCUUCUUGCAGAAUGUCGUGGCCGUCUUUGACGUUGGGGCAGCUCAGAUGCGCUUCUACUCGCGGUAA